UAAAAGUUGCUGUUUGUCAACAUUUUUCAUGCAGAAAAUCUUUGAGAGAACCGCUGGAGGACAGCCGAACAGUAUCAACUAGGGGAGGGCAGCCAUCCCUCCAAAGUUUUAGUGACCGGAAGUGCACAUGCGCAUCACCUAUGUCCAAGAUGGCGGACGGUGGUAUAACAGAAGGUGGGGAUGAUGUGCGCUAUUUUCCGGAAGGCAGCUUGUUGAACACAAUGAUCAUCUCCAUUACUGACUCCGAGAAACGAACCAGCGACUAUAUCAAAGAUCCCUACACUGUUUAUUUGAUUGAAACAAAGUAUAUAGAUGGAGGACCCCCAGCUGGUGAGCCUGAUAUGUCUAGUAACUUAUGGAGACGAUAUAGUGAAUUUGAUCUUCUAAGAAACUACCUUGUGGCAAUCUACCCUGCAAUUAUUGUUCCUCCAUUGCCUGAGAAAAGGACAAAUGCAUUUAAGGUGGCUGGUGAUAGAUUUGAUCCCGAUUUCAUUGAAAAAAGAAGAAUUGGAUUAGAGAAUUUUUUAUUAAGAUGUGCAGCUCAUUAUAAACUGGCUAAAGAUGUCAUAUUUUUAGGAUUUUUACAUCAGGAGGAGGGCUGGAAGGAAAGUCUGCAAGCAACACAGUAUACUACUAAGGUUGAUUCUCGCUUGAGAAGUUUCAGUGCUUCAAUGAAUCUCAAAAAGCCUGACAGACAGUUUGAAGACAUGAAACAUUAUGCAGAAAACCUUGGAACUAAUAUAAGUGCCAUGUUAAAAGUGCGACAGCAUUUAGCUGAGAAAACAUUUUCAAUUCACAAGCAUCAUGCCGGAUAUGGGAAAACAUUUAGUGAAUGGAGCACAAUGGAGGAUGACAUGGGUGAUGGACUACAGAAGGCUGGACAUUACAUGGAUAGACUUUCAUCAAUGGUAGAUACUGUUUUAGAAGAUGAUGAAACAGCAUUUGCUGAUCCUUUGAAGGAAUAUCUUUACUUUGCUGAUGUUUUAAGGAAUGUUGCAAAAAAACAAUGGCUACGUCAGUAUGAUCUUGAGAAAGCUGAAGACCUGUUGUCAGCUAAGAACAGUCAGAGAGAAUCGCUUGAAGCUCAGAAGAAAGCUGCCGAAGGCAACGCUCCACCACCUAAGACAAAUAUGUCCUUCAAAGGCCUGUCAUCAAUGAUAUUUGGUGCAGAAACACCAGAGACAUUAGAUUCUAAAAUAGCCACUCUGGAUGAACAGAUUAGAGAAGCCGAUACAGGCGUUCAAUCUCGGAAAGAAGAUCUGGAUGGCUUUGUGGAAGAAGCAAGUCAAGAUUUUGAAAGAUUUAAAAAGCAGCAGGUCAAGGAUCUAAAAGCAAUAUUAGCAGCUCACGUAAAAACGCAGAUUAAACUUUGUAAAAUGGGAAAAUUGACAUGGGAAAACAUGAGAGACGCCGCACAGAAAUUGUAAUAUAUUUUAAUUAGCAUAAAAAAUACAAAUAAUGGUAAAAUAAUAAUUGGAAACAAAGUCACCAUAAAAAGUWGACUUCAUUUAUAUUUCUUAAUCCACAAUCUCGUUUUAUAAGUUCACCUAUACGUGAUUGAUUUACCCUGAACAAUAACUUGUGAAUACAUGCGUUUUCCAUUGGGAUAUCAAUGUAAAAUGCAUGUAUAAAUAGCCUAAACAGAACAAUAUCAUGAACAAUAUUGUACUUUUUUAAACAAAGACAAACAAACACAUUUAUCAGAUUCAUUAGUUUGUAAUGAUACCUCUAUUCAGCGGGCGUCUUGGUGUUGACUGCAGAAUGGAAGUUUGCAAAAAGAAAAGUGGACUUUUCUAUUGUGGUAGCCUAACCAAGUGCUGAAACUCCAAUUAUAGAACUCAUUUCUCCAUACAAAAUCGUAAAAUUCUAAGAACUUGUAUUGUAAUUAUUAAACUUACUCGGAMGAAAAGCAAAUGAACUUAUAUAUAGUUUGUCAAAAUAGAAAUUCUAAUAAACUGUACGCUCWUUGAGCGCUUACACGGA